GGGGGUCGUCAGGCUGACAAUGGGAGCCUCUCUGCAGUGCUGACCUCUCAGUCCACCCUGCUUUCUAUUCAGUGGUCCCCGCUCCCCAUUUGAAUGUCAGUCAUUAUGGCCAAGCGUGAGACCAGCAGCACCAGCCCUGUCGUCAGGCAGAUAGACAAGCAGUUUUUGGUCUGCAGCAUCUGUUUGGACCGUUACCACAACCCAAAGGUUCUGCCCUGCCUGCACACGUUCUGUGAGAAGUGUCUACAGAACUACAUCCCUCCCCAGUCUUUGACGCUCUCCUGUCCAGUAUGCAGACAGACGUCUAUCUUGCCCGAGAAGGGUGUUGCAGCGCUGCAGAACAACUUCUUUAUCACAAACCUAAUGGAAGUGUUACAACGAGACCCAGAAUGCAGUCGAGCCGAGGCGUGCAAUGUCCUUGAGUCGGCCAAUGCAGCUACAACCUGUCAGCCCCUUUCUUGUCCCAACCACGAGGGGAAGGUUAUGGAGUUUUACUGUGAGUCAUGUGAGACAGCCAUGUGUCUGGAGUGUACAGAAGGUGAACACAGGGAACAUGUGACCGUUCCUCUGAGGGAUGUGCUGGAGCAGCACAAGUCAGCUCUGAAAAAUCAGCUCGACACUGUGCGCAACAGACUACCUCAGCUGACAGCUGCCAUUGAGCUUGUUAAUGAGAUCUCAAAGCAACUAACGGGGAGGAAAAACGAUGCGGUGAAUGAAAUCAGUAAUACUUUUGAUGAGCUUGAGAAGGCGUUACACCAACGCAAGACUGCUCUCAUUACUGAGGUGGAAAACAUCUGCAGCAGCAAGCAGAAGGUGCUUCAGAGUCAGCUGACUUCUUUACUACAGGGCAAAGAAAACAUUGAAAGCAGCUGCAACUUCACAGAGCAUGCCCUCAGUCAUGGCAGUGCCACUGAGGUCCUGUUGGUUCAGAAACAAAUGGGUGAGCGGGUCAGUGCUCUGGCGAGACACAGCUUUCCAGAGCAUCCACAUGAAAAUGGACACUUAGAAUGCCAAGUAGAGACGGAUGGACUGAGGCGCUCCAUUCAGAACCUGGGGGUCCUCAUCACAACAGGAGCUGUCGGCCACACAAGUGUUGCCACCGGUGAAGGCCUGCGACACGCAGUGGUUGGCCAGCACACCACCAUUACUGUCACCACUAAAGACAAGGAUGGAGAGUUGGUGAAAACUGGGAACGCUGCUCUCAGAGCAGAAAUAGUCUCUACAGACGGCGCGUGCACGGAAGCGGAGGUGGUGGACAACAAGAAUGGCACCUACGAGGUCGGGUACGCCAUCCGCUCUGAGGGAGAGUUCACCUUCUCCUUGCUGUUAUAUCACCAGCCUGUGCGGGGGAGUCCGUUCCGUUUGCGUGCCGUCAAGCCGUCAGACGUCCUGCAGUCGCCAGAUGAUGUGAAGAGAAGAGUGAAGUCCCCGAGUGGAGGAGGAGGUCAUGUUCGACAGAAGGCUGUGCGCAGGCCCUCCAGCAUGUACAGCACCACCAAGAAAAAGGAAAACCCAAUAGAAGAUGAGCUGAUCUACAGAGUUGGAACGAGAGGGCGAGACAAAGGAGAAUUCACAAACCUUCAGGGGAUUUCUGCCUCCAGUAAUGGGCGGAUUGUUGUUGCUGACAGCAACAACCAGUGUAUACAGGUGUUUUCCAAUGAUGGCCAAUUUAAGAUGAGGUUUGGAGUAAGGGGCCGAUCACCAGGACAACUCCAGCGCCCAACGGGUGUGGCUGUCGACAUGAAUGGUGACAUUAUUGUAGCCGAUUACGACAAUAGAUGGAUUAGCAUCUUCUCCUCAGAUGGAAAAUUCAAGAACAAAAUCGGCGCUGGAAGAUUGAUGGGACCCAAAGGUGUGGCUGUGGAUAAGAAUGGACAUAUAAUCACGGUUGAUAAUAAAGCCUGCUGUGUUUUCAUCUUCCAAUCCAAUGGGAAGUUGGUGACCAAGUUCGGAGCCAGAGGAACUUCAGAGAGACACUUUGCAGAGAAAAGUGGUGCAAACAUUGCACUGGAAUCAAAGCUUAGUAAAUCUGGCCCUGUUUUCAGUCCUCACUUUGUGGCUGUAAACAACAAAAACGAGAUAGUGGUCACAGAUUUUCAUAACCAUUCAGUCAAGGUUUACAAUGCCGAUGGGGAGUUCCUGUAUAAAUUUGGCUCUCAUGGUGAGGGGAACGGCCAGUUCAAUGCACCAACGGGCGUGGCCGUAGAUGCCAAUGGAAACAUCAUUGUUGCUGAUUGGGGCAACAGUCGUAUCCAGGUGUUCGACAGCUCAGGGUCUUUCCUGUCCUACAUCAACACGUCCGCUGAUCCACUUUAUGGCCCGCAGGGCUUGGCCCUUACAUCUGACGGCCAUGUGGCGGUGGCGGACUCUGGGAACCACUGCUUUAAAGUCUACCGCUACCUGCAGUAGAGCUUGGAGACAGCCAUAACCACUGAUGACGCAACAAAUAGAGUGGCAGAUGAUGAAGGAUCACUGGACUUUACGUGUGUGGCAGCUGUUGAAAAGGGAGCUUUGGACACAUACUCAGCACAUGCAUUAAAGACGAGAGUCAUUACGGAAGGAGCACAAUGAUCAUUUUUGUUCAUAACUGUUAUUUUAAAAGGAAAAACAAUGUAAAGUGCUAAUUUAUUUAAUGUUUUACUAGCUCAG